UGAAUUCAGCAAAGGGGGAUAACUUAGGUCAACUUAUUGUCAACGACGUAGAGAAGACGCGCGUUUUUAUAUUGACUUUGGACAAUGUAUUGAAAUAUAUUUCAAAUAAGAUACAAACAGUUGUCAGAGAGAUUCGCACAUUUACCUUGACCGGGCCCAUCUCUUUGUUUAGAAUAGGCGUUCUUAGAAAUCAUUUUCAGUCCUGAAUCAAGCGAAAGACCAGACGACAUUUGUCUUGUGACACUUGUGUACCAUCGAACUAUAACUAACAUCAUUUGGAUAUCGGAUAUAUUGUCAAUCCGAAGAUGAACUCUACGUCAGAUUGCACUAAUGACAAGCUCCCAGAGGACCUAUUGCGGCGUUCCAUAUCCACGCCCCUCCGCUGUGUGUCUGAUGACGAGGAUGAGGAUGGGGAGAAGCCGUCCGACCCCUGGGUAAAGGCAGUGGGCGGGACAGGGGACAUUGGGGCGGCAUCUGCCUCUGGGGUCUGUGAUCUGAGCGAGGAAGAGGACUCGUCCGCUCAGGGUGAUGAUCAAUCGCGAGAACUCCAAGAAGAGACUGACUCCUGUCUGGCAAGCCCUCUGCAAUCUGUGUACUCCGUAUCCUACUCGGAUGUGGAUUCGACAGGCAGCUCCCACCUAUGCUCUGACCACGACGCUAUCACCCCCUUCCACUGGUCCUGGGUCGUGGCUGACAUGGUGUAUGAUCGGUAUGGCGAGAGGAUGAGGAGGCUGAGAAAUAAUAUCGAAGACCAGCUCACCAAGUUCAGAUCGCACACGAACUUCAGGUCAACUCUGAUGUGUGAACAGGAAGCAUUUCCAGACGAAGACGUGUCGCUUCUGUCUUGUCUUUUGAAGAACUAAGAGCUGCAGUCAACGUUCGUCUUCCCCUUGUCAAUCUUCUUUCAAGUUUCUAACUUGCGUGUUAAAGUUCAAUAAAUUAAUUCGUGCUUUAA